GAAGGAAAAAAAAAAAAAAAAGCAGAGCAGAGACAAUCAGAGGAGGACGGAGAGUAAGGUGGUGACCUGGGCUGGGCUGAGAGCACCCCCACCCCGGCCCCCACCUACCAGGGGUCUCAGUGUUGGUUCUCCCAGGAAAGACCUGAUGAGCUGCUGACAUUUCUCUUAAAAGAAUCAAUGAAUCUUUGUUUCCUUCUGCUUCCUCCUUUGACCUUAUUUUGUUCUGAAACAGAGAAGGAGGAGAGAAAGGACUGAACUGGUGGUGUGGAAUGGGGGCAGGUAGAAGGCACAGAGAGAUGUCUCUUAGUGCCAGGAGCCCACAGAUCAGAUCACAGGCCCCUGUGCCACACUGGGAGGUUAUUGUUGGCUUGCCUUGUAGUCUUAUUUGUUUCUGCUUCUCAUUUCAAUUCUCGCCCUGAUGUAAUAAGUCACCAGCUUCCCAGCCAUCAUCCCUGUAUUGACAAGCAAAUGUCACCCACGUUUGAUUGACAUCCAUUGCUCCUGAAUGCAAAAGUAUGAUUUACAAAUCAAUUCUGCUUGUUUAUUUAAAGCUGUUCUUGUGUGUCUUCUGUAUUUGUUGGUGGGAUAACUUGCCUAAUGUCUACUUUGGGAACUUUCCAUUAAUAUUAUAAAUCCAGGCUGUUCCUUCUCCUGCUCGCCACUGCAAGUGGGGGCUCUUCUUUUUCAUAUUUUGACCCUUUCCCCCCCCCCUCCCCCAAGGCUCACACAGAAAAUGAAAAUGUACUUUGAAGCUUACAGGACUCUUUCCCUAUCUUAGGCAAAGGCCUUGCCCAGUACUUUUCGAACACUGCUGGUUGCUUUAUCUGAUGACUUUUGAAGACAUCUUGACAAGGGAUUAUUUUUCAUAGCCCUUUCAGUAAAUGGAACGUAGGUCCAAUGGCUCAAUCUCCUGAACUGUUGCUAGAAUUGCAAACCUGCAUACACUGAUCAGUUUGUAGAAAGCACCACCCCUACCUCUCCUUCAUGCGACGGGCAUGUUCAUUUUAAAUCAUUGAGAAAUGUCCUUUGGCUUUUCGAAGCACCUUACUGUUCUCUGGGUAACAUCUUAUUUCAUUUUGGAAGGUUAAAAAAAAAAAAUCACAUCUGCCAUCUGGAAAAUUCUAAAGGGCCCUCCUUAUGUGAAAAGUGGCAUUUCGAAAGAGCACCUGAAAACGCUGUGGGUGAGCCAUUAGAGAAAUAUUGUCAGCCCAGCCACCCUCCUUUCAACCUUCAACUCCACCCUCCAACUCGGGCUGGAGGCUGUGGGGAAAUGGGGAGCUUAGGUGUGACCCUGGAGUUCUGAAGGCUUCUGCACAUCUGUCUCUCCUCCCCCCCACGCCAAUAUGUCCAGCGAAAGCGCUGCCAUCGCCUGGGUUCAGCAAGGGAAAAUUCAAAAUCUCACUGUUCAUCCAUGUGCAGAGAGGGGAAAAAAAAAAAAGAGAGAGGCCGAGAAAAAAAAAAAAAAAAUCCCACAUUGUCAGAGUAAUGCCAAACUCUCUUUGAGUGGGAUGAGCAGAGCAGAUGCCGCAAUGAGAUGCCAAAGCGGCUCCCCUUCCUCUGCGCCUUGGGUGCCUAUAAAUUGCUCCGGCGCGCGUUUGUCAGCCUCCUCUUCUCCUGGCAGGUGGUACCCAGGCAGAAUUCUGCCUUCAGUCUCUCUCUCGCUCGGCUCCCGGCCGUGAGGCGCUCGCCGCUGCUCGCCAGCUCCUCCGCUCCAGCCCGGAGCUUCGCCGAGCCGCCGGUGCCCAGCGCCACUGCUCUGCGCACCCGGGGGGCGCCUGGUCUGAGCUCGUGCGGCCGGUGCGGGGUUUUGGGGGUGCGCAUCUAUUAGAGUUCUGGUGGUUGCCAAGGAGGAGGAAAAAAAAAAAAAAAAAAGGCAGGAGAAGGGCGAUCCCAGCGAGCGAAAGAAGAGGCAGAAAAAGGCAACUUCAGACGGAAAGUUGGUGCGAACUGGCGCAGUCGGCAAAAACGGAAAAGUCGAUCGCAGGCGGCGGCGGCAUAAAAGUGUGAGCGGCCCCGGCGAGCGCGAGAGGCGGCGGCUGCUCUGCCCUCCGGGUGGCCGCGCCGGCGCCCGCGGCAGCCACAGGUGCGAAGGGGCUCGCGGGAGGCGAGAGGGCGCCCAGCGCACCCCUCCCCCGCCCCCACCCCCAGCUCGGGACUUCUGCUCAAGUCACUUGGCGUCCGAGCUCCCUCCCCAGCCGCAGCCUCAGCGGGGGGAGCGAGAGCAGGCGAGGAGCGGCCGGCGCCCGCCCGCCCAGGGGACUUGGGGUUCGCAGGGGGUUGUUUUCGGCUCUGAGGAGGUCCCCGCCCAACCUUCAAAAUUUUGUCCAAAAGCAGACAAGAGGAUCGCCCCGCGCUGAGCCGGCUGGUGGGCAGCAGGAGGCGCCUGAUCGCCGCCGGGGCGCUGGGGGUGGUGAUGGUGCUGCUGCUGGUCAUCCUCAUCCCGGUGCUGGUGAGCUCGGCCGGCACGUCGGCGCACUACGAGAUGCUGGGCACCUGCCGCAUGGUCUGCGACCCUUACGGGGGCACCAAGGCGCCCAGUACGGCCGCCACGCCCGACCGCGGCCUCAUGCAGUCCCUGCCCACCUUCAUCCAGGGCCCCAAAGGCGAGGCCGGCAGGCCGGGGAAGGCGGGCCCACGGGGGCCCCCCGGUGAGCCCGGGCCGCCGGGCCCCGUGGGCCCCCCGGGCGAGAAGGGCGAGCCCGGCCGCCAAGGCCUGCCGGGCCCGCCCGGGGCGCCCGGCCUGAACGCGGCCGGGGCCAUCAGCGCCGCCACCUACAGCACGGUGCCCAAGAUCGCCUUCUACGCCGGCCUCAAGCGGCAGCACGAAGGCUACGAGGUGCUCAAGUUCGACGACGUGGUCACCAACCUCGGUAACCACUACGAUCCCACCACGGGCAAGUUCACCUGCUCCAUCCCGGGCAUCUACUUCUUCACCUACCACGUCCUGAUGCGCGGAGGGGAUGGCACCAGCAUGUGGGCUGAUCUCUGCAAAAACAACCAGGUGCGUGCCAGUGCCAUUGCCCAAGAUGCUGAUCAGAAUUACGACUAUGCCAGUAAUAGUGUGGUUCUUCAUUUAGAGCCGGGAGAUGAAGUCUACAUCAAAUUAGAUGGCGGGAAAGCCCAUGGAGGAAACAACAACAAAUACAGCACAUUUUCUGGAUUUAUUAUCUAUGCGGACUGAUCCUGCAAAAACUAAGCUUACUGUUCUGAGUUCGGACACUGGAUGCGUAUGGCUCUCGUCCGUGAAUCGAGGAUCAGGGGAUGCCAGACGCAGGGCACCUCAGUUGUGUAUAUGUGGGGAAUUCAAAAGCUACCUGACUCACAUCUGUAUACUCAGAAACAUUAUGUAAAAAAUAAUAUAUAUAUAUUAAAAGCAAGAUAAGCAGAUGUGUGAUCCACUACCGCCAAAGCAAAUACUCCUUAUUGUUAGUGUCCGUGUGAAUGAAGUCCUAUAUAGAUCACAGAUUUUUAUAGAAAAAUCUAAGAUGCUGAAUUAUUUCUUCAAUAUAUAUGAUACUUUGGUGUACUGUGAUCUUGCCGCUUUGAUCCAUAUGUCAGCUUUGGUUCUUGUGAGUUAAUCUGCUUAUUAGGAUACUUGGAAUCCAUGCAUAGUGUAGGGCAGAAUGAUUUUCACCCUGCAGGAGAAGGUCUCAUUGAAAUCAUGCUGCUUUGUCCCCAAAGAAAUUGUUUGCCUUGUACUCUUGUUAACUUGAGAGCUAUGGACCUGGGAGUGAUUCAACUUUCAAGCCUUAACCUGGAAUUUUCUGGAUUGGAGGGAAUUCCCAAGCCUGUGAUCAAAUUUUUUUUUUUUUCACAUUUUCUUUCUCUUUGGUGUUUUCUUCUCUCUCUUUUCAGGUGAUAGUUUUUAAAAACAGAGAUGGAAAUUGUAUCAUAGGAUUACCCUCUGCGUGUGAAAAUGUGUAGUUAUGUGUGGUAUUUAGAAAAUCCCUCGUGUUCUGUUUGUCAGUAGAAUGCAUUUAGGUUGCCUUGGAAAGUCAGAGAAAUUUCUUCUUUGGGGUGAAAUCGGACUGAGGCUUCCGCCUUCCUUGGAACAAAAGAUUUUUCAUAACCCAAUGCACAUCUGUUUAAUUUACUCCGCCGCAUGCGUCACUAAGGGGACACUGAGUAAGGCCUUUGUGUUGUUACCACAAGUCAUGGCCUGACGUGAUCUCAAAAUGAACAAUUUCACAUAUAGCCAGUCUGACAACAAAGUGUAUAUAUUUUAUACAAAUACCUGCUACAUAUAUAUGUACAUGUACAUAUAUAUACAUUAGAUGAAAUAUAAUAUAUAUAAUGGCUUCAGACCAUAGGCACAGUGGCUGUAUAGUUCCCCAAAUUUUAGUUUUUAAAGAUGUACAUGGAGGCACACACGAACGUACACAAAUGAUUUGACUUAUUUUGGAUGGAAAUAUAUUUUGGAAAACAGAAAUAGAUGGAGUAGCAAAAUAAUUUAAAGGACUUCUCUUUUAAGAGUCAACCAGAAGAUUGCAUUUUAUUAGGUUAAAAAAUGCCCCAUGAGUCACAUGUCUGUAAAUUAAGCCCAUGGCGUCCUUAUUACCAUAUGCCAAUCAAUACUUUCCUUGCCUUCUGUGGCUGACUGUUAGUGUUAGGACUGCAGAGACAACGUGGCUGUCCUUAGCAAUGUUUAUGAAUCACGUGCACUUGAGUGGUCCAUUUUUUCUUUUUUCUCGGGUGGACUAAGGCUGACCGCAAAGUAGAUUUUGAGAGCAGUGCACAUCUUCCCCUCUGGUUCAAGUACACUGCCAAAAGCCAUGUCUUUAAUCUUAGAAAAAGAUUUAAAAAUGUAGGUCUAAAGAUCCUAAGUAUCAACUUCCGCUAUCACAAUGACAAAAUCUGUUCCAUUGUCACUUGCCUUUUAAAACUCUUUGACAAGUAGAUUUCAACAACCAGAGAUUUCAAAAUCUGCCUGUUACACUGGUGAAGGACAUUUGCAUUUUUUCAUUUAAAGGAAUUAGCGUAUUCUCCUGGCUCAUCCCUCUUGGGUACUUUCUGUUCUAAUACACAGAAAGCUUCAUCAUCGUUGAUCCACAGAAGUAUCUUUAUUUAGCAAACCUCAACUUUCCAAAAGAGUUACGUCCCAUGUUCCUAUAUCUGAAGGUGCCGUUUGGUUGGUUUCUCAAAUGCCUUGGUCUGAGUAAUUCUCAUGAUUUAUAUGAUGAAAAACACUUAGCUUGUUCACCAAGAAUAAUGAUUGAUUCUAUUUAGCUUUUCUCAUAUGUAAGAUAAGAGUUGCGAUGGAUUUUAUUUCAACAGAACAAUAUAUAUUUAUCAAAGAGGAAUUAGCAGUGGGGAAUUGUUUUUUUUUUAAAAAAGUAGCAAAUAGCGUCGUGAAGGAUUCAGCCAAAAGGUUAGUUUAUAAACAGCAAAACACAUCAACUAAGAGUUUUAACUCAGAGUUUCAAAAAAGGCUUUAUUUACAUGAAACAUCAGGGCUGGGUACCUUUUAAAGAGUCGGCUCUCGAAUCAGACUGUCAUUGCUAAUAGAUCUGACCUUUUCUUCAGAUAAAUAAGCAUUGUUUUCUCUGUUUGAGUCCAAGGAAAGACAGAUAAAAGGUAAAGAGACUAUAUAUAAGGCAAACAGUUCUCUUUUUUUUUUGCAUUAUAUAUUAUUAAUUAAUGAAAUUGUGGCCUUUGUUAUUAUAAAUGUAAUGAUUCAUUAAACUAUAUUAUGUAAUAUAUUUUGACUUUUAUGAUUGAAUUUUUAUAUUGAGUACUAUGAUAUGUGUUCAUAUUCCCUUAUACAAAUAUUUCAAAACACAAUAAAAUUUAU